AUGCUGGACGAACGCGAAUUGACCAUCAACCCUGUUGUGCAGGAGAGCAUGAUGCACAAUGCUAGAACUGUCUCCAACAUUCGCUCUCUGACUGCUUCCCUCUUUGGCGUCGCUGCUGGUGUUCUCGGUCUUGAAUCCUUCCCCGGCUUCCUCUUCUACGCUCUGGGCUCCCUGGUCGUCUCUCUGCUCAUCUUCUCUCUUCGCGCCAACGUCCAAGCAAAGUCCUACUUCCACUCGCCCAUUUCUGAGCUGUGGAUUGGCGAUCUUUUCGGAGGACUCAUGAGCUUUGUCCUAACUUGGACUCUCUUUUACGGCCUCGUUCGCGCAUGA